AACAAAGGUAACGUAAAACACAUUUGUCGUGAAUAUGAAUCGAGCUUUGGUAUAUUGCGUAUUUGGGUUAUGGUUUCAUCCAGUUUUGCUGGAAGCUGCUCAUAAUGCUCCUAAUUGUGGAAAGCCUUUAGGGGGAAACAAUUUUCCAUCAGAUAGAAUCGUCGGAGGAUAUGACGUGGGCUACUAUCGUUAUCCCUGGUUUGCAGCUUUGAUUAGGUACAAUGAAGUGUCAUGCGGAGGGGCUCUGAUUGGUCCAAGAACUGUAAUCACAGCGGCACAUUGCUACAAAGAGUUCCUGACUUUGGCAAGUAAAGGGGAUCUUAAGUUAGAAUCGAUCUACAACGUGAAACUAGGCGUUUACAAUAUUUGUACCACUGAAUCGAUUCAAACAGAAUACAGGGUGGAAAAAGUGCAAGUACACGAGUUAUACAAUCAGAAAAAACCAUAUUACGAUAUAUGCUUGCUAACUUUAGCAAAUGAAACUCGUAGCUUCAGACCAAUCUGCCUUCCACAAUUUGAAAUGUCAAAGAGAUACAAAGAUGGUUAUGUGCCAGGUCUAGGCACACUGCGAUACAGAGGUGCCAUGCCGUGCACAGUUCAUGAGGCUAGGCUGUUGAUUUUUAAUGAUUCUGAUUGCCUAGCAAUGAUCAACAAGACUGGGAACGAUUUGAACAGUUUUAAGAAUGCUUUCUGCGCUGGGUAUACUCAGGGUGGUAUCGAUACCUGUCAGGGAGACAGCGGAGGGCCACUUCAAGUGCAAAAUGGGCAAGGAUUAUACGUACUUUUAGGUAUUGUAUCGUACGGAUUUCGAUGUGCGUCACCCGGGAUGUUGGGCAUUUAUACCGACGUAUCCAAAUACCUAGACUGGAUUCAAGAAAAGUCUGGAUUAGACGCUGGGAUUGUCAAUUUAAUUUAUAACAUAACUUCGCCUAUUACAACUCGUCCAACUAAACCUAGCCACAAGAGGAAACCGCAAAGAAGACCGCAUAAAAAGCCUAUCAGAAUCAUCAUCUAUUAGGAUCUCAUUAUCUGCUAUAAGAAUCUGAUCCUUCAAAUAAAACCAAAAAUAUAUAAAUAAUAUUUCAUACAGGUCAAAUACUAGGUCUUUUGUCUUUUGUACACAAACACUGAUUAAACAGGAAAGAAGCAACAGUAGGCCCCCUCUCAAAACAGGGCUCUUGCACCAAGUUCAGCUUCUUUACUCAUUUUGAAAAAAUGCUAUAUUUAUUGUCGCAAUGUCUUACAAAAUUAAUACACAGGUUGGCUUAUAGUACCAUGU